GUGGAAGCAGGUUAUCAUCAAGGCUGCAAAAGUGCUGGUGGUGAUGACCGUCUCCUACUUUGGCCUGAUGGCAUUGUAUUUCGGAGCAGAAUUUCAAUCAGCCGACCAUAUGAAGAACUUCAAUGUUCUGGUAGUGGAUCUGGACCAGGGGAUAAUCGGGAUGAAUUAUCUCAACUUCACGCAGCAGGUCAACGAUCAACCAGGACAGAUCAACUGGGACGUCCACAACAUGACGCGCUACCCCAAUAUCUCCGCCAUCCAGGAACAGGUCCUGAACGGUAACUACUGGGGUGCUGUUGUCGUACAACCGAACGCAUCCGCGAAUCUGAACAAGGCGUUUGCAGUGCCAUUGCCAGACUAUGACCCGACCAAGGCAUUCAUGUUUAUCUACGAAGGAGGCCGAGAUCCGUUGGUGGUCAAGCCCUACAUCGUCGCCUACAUGUACACACAAUUCCUGCUCUUCACAAAGUUCUUCAACCCGGCUUGGAUCAAGUUCUUGCUCGCGUAUUCGGCUCAAAGCAACAUCCCUCUCUCCAAUUUGCAGGCUGCACCACAGGUCAUGGGAACGCCCGUGGCAUUCGAGGAAUUCGACCUACAUCCCGUCACCGCCCCGAUCAUUACGUCUGCGACAUCUGUGGCCUACAUCUGGAUCUUUUUGGUUGCCGGAGGAAGUACAUACUUGGUUGCGCAUUUGAUCCAGCCGAUGACCCGAAACGCGACUGUUCCCAAGACGAUGGCCUGUCUGCUGCUCCCGCUGCUCGCGUUCCUGUCUGCGCUUUCGAUGGCGUACAGUCUCCUCUUGUUCGUCUUUGGCGUUCCCUUCCCUUCGGGCGGUUCGCAGUUCGUUUCACUUUUUGCGGGCAUGUUGCUCCUCCAGUGUGCAGUCGCGUCCAUGGUCAUUUUCCUGAUCUACCUGAUUCCCGUGGUGUUCAUCCCAUGCUUUACGAUCACCUUCGUUAUUAUGAAUGUGAUUGCGGUCUUCAACCCUGUGGAGCUCCUGCCGGACUUUUACAAGUGGGUCUAUGCGAUGCCAUUCCUGAACGCGGUCCAAAUUGCGCGAUACGUACUGAUGGGGUCCUAUAAUCGGUUAAAGUACAACAUUCCGGUUUUGGCGACCUGGAUCUUGAUUCCCAUUGUGCUGCUGCCGUUUGCGAUCUCGAGACAGAAGCGAGUAGCGAAGGAGAUGGAAAUACAAGAGGAGGAGGAACAACAUAUGCGGGAGCUGAGGGCUCGUCAGAUGGGACAGCAGCAACAGGUGGUGGUGAAGGGUCGUGGACAUGGUCUUGUGAGACUCGCAGAUGACGAUGAUGACGACGAUAACGAUGAUAACGAUGAUAACGACGACACCUGUCCACCAAUGGAUAUCGUCAUAGAGUCGGAGAAGGCAAGAAAUGGUCUUUAUGGAGACAGGUCGAGGUGAUCAGGCGUAGCACGCGGCCAGCGAUAAUACCCCGAGCGGUGAGGAUGACAGCGACAGGUAUAUAUGGCUGGACAGGGAAGCAGGGAUGUGCACAGGAAAUACCUUGCUGGUCAAGGAUAUCCAGGAUCAUACUCAGCAUCUAGCACAUGGGUGCCGGAACCUCAAGGAGCAGUAAUAGGCGUAGGACAUCCCUGAUGAAAUCAAGCAGUUUCACAUCCAAUCUAAU